GCAGUCACAAUGUGCGAAAACCGGUAAGAAAAUCGGGUUUGCGAUGUCACGCGAUCUAAUUAGGAUUGCAUUACACCCCGCGAACGCGUGUUAAGAACAGCGACUUGGCCUGACAUCCAUUCCUUGAUUACCUGAACUUCAAAAUAGCUAUCAGUCCCGGAAUACAUUGCUUGGAUAAUCUGUGUUUUAAGGGGAAUUCACUUCGUGUUGCUUUGCAAAGAAACCAAAGUGCAGAACCGGUUUCACCGGUAUUAUCACAAUAUCCAAUAAAAUAGAAGUAACGCAGAAAAAGAAGGGGGCAUUGUCAUAAGUUAUUAUAGAAAGUGCGUCAUUAAAAGAGAUCGAUCGAUUGUUGGUAUCGAGAUAUUAACCAGCGAAGAAUAUGCGUCCAAAACCAGCAGAAUCCGUGGUACUAUUGGAUCCUUCACAGAUCUAUAGACCUGAAGAGGAGUACAGUGAAUAUAAUGAGUUCAUCAUAUCCAGGACUGAUAAGACAGUGAAAGAUUUUCGCAAUUAUGAUGUCAACCUUCAAACUGACAAAGUUCAUUUGACAUACAGAAUGAUGCAUGAAAAUCAAACCAUGGAUUUUGUCAAGGAAAAGAAAGAGAGUUGGUGUUGUCUAGACAAGUUUAAAAUGACAAUCAUGGAAGCUGUGCACAUGUUGGAUGCUUUGGUGGAUGAAAGUGACCCAGACACAGACUUACCCAAUUCAGUACAUGCCUUUCAAACUGCAGAGCGUAUCCGUGUUGCCCAUCCAGACAAGGACUGGUUUCACUUGAUUGGCCUUCUACAUGACCUGGGAAAAGUUAUGGCCUUAUGGGGAGAGCCUCAGUACUGUGUUGUUGGAGAUACUUUUCCUCUUGGCUGCAAAUUUUCAGAAAACAUAGUCUUCCCUGAGACAUUCACAAACAAUCCAGAUACAAAAGUUGCAGAGUAUAGCUCAAAAUAUGGUAUUUAUGAACCAAACUGUGGUCUGGACAACAUCACAAUGUCUUGGGGACAUGAUGAGUACAUGUACCAGGUCUUAACUGGAAACAACUGCAAGCUUCCUAAAGAGGGACUGUAUAUGAUAAGGUAUCAUUCAUUCUAUCCUUGGCAUUGCAAUGGAGAUUAUAAUUACCUUUGUAAUGAGGAAGAUAGGGAAAUGUUAAAAUGGGUGAAAGAAUUCAACAAAUUUGACCUGUACUCAAAGUCUGAUGCUGUACCAGAUGUGGAGGCUGUAACGCCAUACUAUGAGGAAUUGAUAGCCAAAUACUGCCCAGGGCAGCUUUCCUGGUGAAUAGGACAUGCCUGAUACACAAUAGUCAGCUAAAAGCUGUAAUUUUAAAAGCAAUGCGUUAUUUAAAUAAUUAACGAUUUUCUUGAAAUCUCAAAAUAAAUAGGUCUGUCAAGUGUGUACCAGAAAUAUCAACUAAAAUUAAUUUGUCUGGGUAGUCCUACAAUAAUAAGGCUUAAAGAAGGAGAAUUUUCAACCAUAGAAAAAAGACUUGCACAAUAAUCUGGAAAGUCAUUAAAAAUCAGGCAGUAAUUGUUAAAUCAAUGAGUAAUGACUUGUGGACAGAGCAACAUAUUGUAUAUGUUUAAGAUAUUUUUAUACUUUGUUGCUCCAGGCUUUUUUCAAUUUUUGCAGGAGUAAGUGAAUGUGUGUGUGUGUGUGUGUGUGUGUGUGUGUGUGUGUGUGUGCAUGUGUGUGUGAUUAUAGUUUAGAUAAUCUCAUGUAUCAGAGGUAGAAGUACAGUUUAGAGGCUUUUGAAGUUCGGUAUAAUGACAGUUCUGUGGUCUUCUGAACCCUUUUUUUUUUUUCAUGUAGCCCCUUUUGCACCAUUUUUCAUUUUUGUAAACCUUGUAAAGAUGUAGGCUUUUUUUCAAUAAAGAAUUUCUGUUUAGAAAAAUUAA